GGCUAAUUUGUUGCUACGAUCGCGGUCUACAUUCCCCUUGCUUUGGUCGUGUUGAUUCUCAGUCUUGAAGCAUCAAUUUUUACUGCUUUUUCUUGAAUGGGUUUCCGAGUUUAUUGUUGAUGUUUGUCAAUUUGAAGUGUUUAUUCGGGUUCGUUUUGGUUUUUGCCAAAAAAAAAAAAGGUCUUUUUGUUCUGGAAUUGGUGUAUUUUUGAUCUUUUUGGUUUGAGUAAGCCAAAGUAGACUGAGUACUUGCUAAUUGAAUUCUAAUUGAACGUGUUUGAGUACGCCAAUGAUGUUUGUGUAUGAUGAAAGGGUAAAUGCAGCGUGUGGCAUCCUUAUGGAUUGUGAUAGGGUUUAUUGCUCAGCUGUAGAGCACUAGAGUUUCUAGUUUAAGCUACCUUGUCCCAAUUUUAGUUUGGAUUAUGUUUCUAGUUUAAGCUAUGCAGUUUCAAUGUUCAUCUUGCCUUUAUUUCUUAAAAAUCCUCUUGUUUGACUUCUAAUCUUCUCUUUGUUGUUUGGGGUUAAAUGAAUGUCUGCAAAACCUGUGUGCCCUCUGAAAGUUGAUCACCUACCUUCUUGUCAUGCUAAUUUCCACCACUUAUCCGUCAGGAUAUUGCAAAUGAAAUACCAAUUCAUUUACAGAGGGUGCAAAUAUGUUGCAUUUACGACAUGGAUAGUCAGUACUUGACGAAUCUGGGUUCUAGUCAUUGAGUGCCAAAUCAUCCACUAAAACAAAGUGUAAGGAAAGGGGAGCAAUGAUCAAGGACUCCAAGGGCAAGUGUGAGUCUUCGUCUCACAAGCUUUUAAAGGAAAAGGCAAAGACUCGUGUGGACCAGCUUCAAGCAUUCUUGACCAAUCUUAAGAGUGCGAAGGAGAGCCAAACUGAUGACACUGCAACCUUGGAGGAAGUGAAUAAGAUGCUUCAGGAGUGGAAAGCUGAGCUCAAUGAGCCGUCUCCUGCAUCUUCUCUACUAGUGGCUGAUAAUCGGGGAUCAUUUUCAGAGGAGAUAGCGCAUCUCUUAAGAACUGAUGAGGAGGAUGAUGCAAUAAGUCCAUUAAAGGAAUUGCCACUUAAGCCAGAGAGUGAUCUUAAGAGUCUUCAUUUUGGAAAUAUGAUGCAAUAUACAGAGGAUUUUUAUAUUUCUCCGGAGCUGCCAGAAAGUUUUCAAGAAUUUUAUCAAUGCAACAAUACGGCUUCAGAUUUCCAGAAUCUAAUAGUCGACAACUCUGGUUUUGAUCAUCACUUUGAUUUUCAUCAAUAUGUCAAUGAAGAACCGUUUAUUGAGGAUAAUGAUGUAAAACAGAUUCAAGAGGAUACGUCGCCAAAUGUUUUGCCAGUUAUCUCUCCCACAGAACCUUCAUUUUUGGGGUCAUCAUGUGCUCUUUGGGACUGUUCCAGGCCUGCGGAAUUUGGGAAGGACUACUGCUGUGACUUCCAUGCUACAUCAGCAUUAGUAGAGGGUCAACCAGGAAAAUCUCCAGUUUUUCGUCCUCGUGGCAUUUCUUUGAAGGAUAGUGCACUUUUUGAUGCACUUAUUGCUUGGAAUCAGGGAAAAGCUGUGGGCAUACCCAAUUGUGAAGGGGCUGCUACUCUGAAGUCUCCAUGGAAUGACUCUAAGCUAUUUGAUCUUUCUUUCCUUGAGGGUGAAACAGUUAGAGAGUGGCUAUUCUUUGAUAAGCCUAGAAGGGCAUUUGGGAGUGGUAACAGAAGACAGAGGUCAUUGCCAGAUCACAAUGGACGAGGUUGGCAUGAAUCAAGAAAGCAGAUCAUGAAGGAAUUCAAUGGGCAGAAAAAGUCAUAUUAUAUGGAUCCACAGCCAUUAAGUGAUCAGGACUGGCAUUUGUUUGAAUAUGAGAUGAACAACUCUGAUGCCUGUGCUCUGUAUAGGUUGGAGUUAAAGUUUGGUAGUGUAAAGAGAAGUCCAAAAGGAAAAGUAUCAAAGGAGGUUGCUGAUCUGCAAAAGAAGAUGGGAAAGCUCACGGCUGAAGUUGCCACUGAUGUUGCAGACAAUUCAAAAGGAAGAGCUAAGAAAAAGGCUGAUGCCGGCAAUAUUUUCUCUUCCCAAAAUCCAAUGACUUCAACGCCUUAAACUCGGUACCUUGGGCAAGUUACUAUGCUCAAAAUAGACGGCUGGUAGUCACAGAAUUGUAGAGUUGGUUCAAGUUGCCACUAAAUAUGGCCGACUAUUGUAGUGUAAUUAGUUGACGAAACAUAUUUGAAGAAUCUAACUAGCCAUAUUUGUGGUCAUGUAAAUCUUGCGCUUUCUUUUCUAGUGUUACUAGUCUAUUCGGCCGAA